CUCCUACCUCCGCCCGGUCUCCUCCCCUGGCCUCCCGCGCCGCAAGAUGGCGGUGCCCGCGCAGCGCCGCCCCGCGCUCCCCCUCACGGCCGCUCCCGCCGCUCCGCUCCCGCCCGAGCGGCCCCGCGGCCUGCAGCACGGCGCUCUCCGGCCCCGCCAUGACUGAGUUGCAGCAGGAGAGGGUGGAGUGGGAAAACCUAAACAAGAUAUUAAUGCGUCAUGGGUUGAAACCUGUGAGUCUUUUUGUSCCCCAAAGCAACAGAAAUACCUCAGAUAUGAUUGUCCUAGACGGUCAGUCUUCUCAAGGAAUAAGACUUGCAUUAAAAACACUGGCAGAAGACAUUGAGCGGCAGCAGAAGGUGAUGCAGGGACUUAUGGAGGCAAAUCGAUGUCUUAGAGAUGUGGUACGACUGGAGCAAGGUCGGGCAUCUCGUCAAGAACAGCGGGCAAAAGAAUUGGAAAUUGUGGUGAAAAAUGUUAAGGCCAAAAUUUGUCAGCUGGAAGAUGAAGCRAUAGCUAAAGCAUGCCAGCAGCAGAACCAAGUCAAAGAACUUCAAAAAGACCAACAGGCGUCACAGUUAAAAUACCAACAACAACAGGAAAAGCUGCAAGAACAAGAAGAGAUUAUUGCCCAUUUGCAGAAGGAGCUGAGGAAGAUUGGGAUGGAGGAGCGGCAGAGAGUUGCCACACAAAACAAAAUGUUUUGUCAGUUUUGCAAAAGAGCUCCCAGGUCUCUCCUGGAUCAGCGGUAA